AUGGAGAAAACUAUAGGACUUUUGGGAGGAGGGCAAUUGGGGCAGAUGCUCUGCGAAGCUGCGAAUCCUCUCGGUGUCAACGUUAUUAUUCUCGAUGCACCAAACUCCCCAGCCAAACAAGUUAAUGCCAAGAAUGACCAUCUUGAUGGCUCUUUCAUUGAUGCUGAGAAAAUCCGCGAACUUGCAAAGAAAGUAGAUGUUUUGACAGUGGAAAUCGAACAUGUGGACACAUACGUAUUGGAGGAGCUCGCAAACUCUGGAGUGGAAGUUCAACCCAGCUGGAAGACAUUGCGAGUCAUCCAGGACAAGUAUUUACAGAAAGAGCACCUCAUUAAAGCUGGAGUACAGACUGCGACAUCACAAGCGGUAGAAGCUGGAAAUCUUGAGGAGUUCGGGCGCACACACGGGUACCCCUUCAUGCUUAAGGCAAGGAAAGACGCCUAUGAUGGACGAGGCAAUUGUCCUGUGAAAUCGGAAUCGGAUAUCAAGAAUGCACUUGAAGUGUUAAAGGAUAGAUCAUUAUAUGCUGAGAAAUGGGCAAGCUUCAGAAUGGAGCUUGCGGUAAUGGUUGUGAAGACAGAAAACGAAGUUUCCAAAGAUGGGGACUCUACGAUUGCAUACCCGGUCGUCGAGACAAUCCACGAAGAUAGCAUCUGCAAAUUAGUUUAUGCUCCAGCAAGAGGAAUUUCCAGUGAUCUCCAAAAGAAAGCACAAGCCUUAGCGCGUAAGGCAGUGGGUAGUCUUUGGGGUAAAGGUGUUUUUGGAGUUGAGCUGUUUGUUAUGGAAGAUGGUGAAAUACUGGUCAAUGAGAUUGCUCCUCGCCCUCACAAUUCGGGACAUUACACAAUUGAAGCAUGCCCAACCAUGUCGCAAUACAAAUCUCAACUUCUUUCAAUAUUAGGUAUCAUGCCAUCCUUCCCCAACUCAGCUAUUCCUUCCAUGUUUCCCGCAACUAUCAUGUUGAACAUCCUUGGUGGAGCGUCAAAAGAUUCCCACAAGGAGUUGAUGCAACAAGCCGCCGCAAUCCCCACGGCCAACCUUCACAUGUACGGUAAAGAAUCCAAGCCAGCUCGCAAAAUUGGUCACAUCACUGUCAUUGGUAGCUCUAUGGCUCAAGCUGAGCAACUUAUUUCUCCCUUAAUCACGCUUAACGAUAACAUGCGUGCCGAACGAAAAGGUCUCCCUAAAUCCACAUCCACCACAAUCUCAUCUCCAUCUUCACCUCAAAAGCUCGUCGCUAUUACUAUGGGUUCAGACUCCGAUCUCCCCGUUCUCAAACCCGGUCUUGCUAUCCUUGAUUCACUUCAAAUUCCAUACUUCCUUACUAUAACAUCUGCGCAUCGUACACCACAACUCAUGGCAGAUUUUGCACGCGAUGCCGCUUCCAAUGGCUUCAAAGUUAUCAUUGCUGCUGCAGGUGGGGCGGCACAUUUACCUGGUAUGAUCGCUGCGCAAACCCCUCUUCCAGUUAUUGGUGUACCAGUAAAGGGAAGUACAUUAGAUGGAAUGGAUAGUCUUCUGAGCAUAGUACAAAUGCCAAGAGGAGUUCCUGUCGCAACUGUUGCUAUUAAUAACAGCGUCAACGCAGCGUUGUUAGCAGCAAGAAUAAUCGGAGCCAGUGAUAGUGUGGUGUUCGCAAAGAUGGAGGACUAUAUGAAGAAAAUGGAAGAUGAAGUUGUAGGAAAGAAAGGAAGAUUAGAAGAGGUCGGAUGGGAGGGAUACUAG